AAUACAUGCUAGUCAAUGUAUUUUGUUGUUGUAUCAGAAAUAUUAUUUGUUGUAUUUUUGUUUGACAAAUCAGGAUGUCUCGUCUCUAUAUAUAAUUCUCUAUGCCCAAUACUUUUACAUUACUGAAACUAAAGAGCGCUAAAAUCACAGAUUGCAGCUGAAAUAUAAAUCAAAUUUAUGAAUUUUAAAUAAAAAAUGGGUGAUGAAAUCAGUGAGAACAGUUUAGUUUACAAUCACUAUCUCAAGUUAAGCACACCUACAAAAGCUGACUUUGAAAGAGUCUUCACCGAAGAUGAACUAAAGAAAUUAUGUUUGAAACAUAAAUGUAAUGUGAAUAUGUAUCGAUGGAAUGUGGUAAAUGACUAUCGUAUAGCAUUCACAAAGAGUGGCCGCUAUCAAAGAUGGCCUGAAAAUGUUCGACUGGGUAUGUUGGCCAAGGCGGUGAACAAAAUGAAGCCUUCAGUGCUGUAUGAUGAGCAAGAAAUUAUAAAAACAAGAAAAGAAGAAUGGGAUUUUCAAUUGAAUGAGAAUAUAUUAUCGUUAAAUUACUGGCAACGUAAACGUCAACGCAGUACAGAGCCACAUAAUAGUCCGAGACUAGUGGUAACAGAUUCCGAAGAUAUGGAUGAAGGAGUGGAAUAUGCUGUUAAUACAGAAACUAUAAAUGUAGAAAAAUUUCUGACACAAACUCAAAGUCAUCAAACUCCAACAGAAGAUCUGCAUUUUAAUGGAGAAUUGGAUCAAGAAGUACAAUUACAAAUCGAUGUUAAUACAGAAAAUGUACCUGCAAAUGCAAUACUUACACAAGUUCUCUCCCCACAAAGUGAUGAUGGAGAAAAUUUGUUAAGCCAAAUAGACGAUGAAGAAUUAUUAAUUUAUGAGGACUCUGAAGAUUCCGUGAUGACGGUAUUAUGCAAUGAGUCUCAGUUACAAUCCGAAGAAGUUAUUUCCGAUAUUGAUGAUGUGUAUAGAGUUAACACCAUGUCUAUCAGGUAUGUUCUGCAAAUCACAUUUUAUAAAAGUGGUUUGAAAUCACAUAAAAGGUGUUCUGAGCAUAUAAUUUUGUGAUUUUAAAACGUUCAACAAAGUCACUAAUGUUUUCAAAUCACUUGGUUAUUUCUGCGGCUAUUGCAUGGAAAAUAUUAAAAUAAAUUAUUUAAAUAAAUUAAACAAUAUGUCCGUUAUUAAUUUUCUUAUAGAA